GUUUUCUGUUGUUUGGGGGAAGCGAAUAUGUGUCGCACCCGGAUGUUCAACCGGCUGUUCAUCAUGGAGGCUACAGAGGGUGAUUCCUGAAGGAGACUUAUAUCUUCGUACGUUUGUCUGCAUACAUGUUCUGUUGUCCCUGUAAGUCAGUGUGAUGUCUCCAUCAUGAAGUGUGCCCGCUGUCUGAUCCAGCUGCAGUGUCUCAGACUGGUGGGUCAGUCAGCCAGGUCUGCUGCCCAGCAUGGUGCUCUGCUCCAGUCAGCCUCCUCCAGUCAGCCUAACACCCAGCACCAGGUGUUGAGGCGUUUCCACGGCAGCCCAGCAUUCGCCAAGAAUCAACCUAUACCUGCAGAGUUCAUCAAUGAGGACGACAAGAAGAAAGACAGGUCUUUGGUCACCCACGAUGACCUGUUCGAGCAGGUGGCCAGAGACACCAAAACCAAGGCCACGUUUAACAAAGUGGUGGAUGUCUUCAUCAAGAGAGACAUAAGACGGCGGGGUCACGUGGAGUUUAUCUACGCCGCUUUGGCGAAGAUGCCGGAGUUUGGCGUGGAGAGGGACCUGGUCGUCUACAACAAGCUGCUGGAUGUUUUCCCCAAAGAGGUGUUUGUGCCCAGAAACUUUAUCCAGCGAAUGUUCAACCACUAUCCCCGGCAGCAGGAGUGUGGUGUCCAGCUACUGGAGCAGUUGGAGAGCUAUGGUAUCAUGCCCAACAUGGAGACCAAAGUCCUGCUGGUCCAGAUCUUUGGCGAGAAGGGCCACCCCAUGAGGAAAUUCCAGCGCAUCAUGUACUGGUUCCCCAAAUUCAAACACAUAAACCCCUUCCCCGUCCCCCAGCAUCUGCCCGAAGACCCAGUGGACUUGGCUCGCUUCAGCCUGAAUCGCAUCGCAGGUGACCUGGACGCUAAAGUCACCGUCUACCAGCUGCCCUGUACAGACAUUACAGAGAGUGGAGAGGAGAUCACACUUCCACAUGUAGUAGGUAUCCAGAGUCCCAGCCAGAUGGAGCUGCUGGCAAAGCACAACCCGAGCAGGCCCGUGUUUGUAGAGGGCCCCUUCCCUCUGUGGCUGAGGAAGACGUGUGUGUACUACUACGUCCUCAGAGCUGACCCCAUACCGCCUGACGAGAAGGUGGAGGAGCCCUACGAUCCAGAGAGGUGUCUGGACUAUCCUCUGCAGCUGGACCUGGAUUUGGAACGGGACCUCGGAGAUGAGGAGAGCUUCGACGUGGAAGACUUGGACGAGGGUCCGGUCUUCGGCAUGUGUAUGACCAGCCAGGGAGAGCAGGCCGUCCUCAACCAGUGGAUCUCUGGCCUCCAGCAGAACAAUCCCAUCCUGGGUCAGGUCCCCACUCUGUUCCGCCUGGAGGCCGGGCCCCGAGAGCUGCAGGGGGCGGCUGACACCGAGUCAGAUCACCACCACCAGGGGCCAGACCCAGAGACCCAGAGAGAGGAGAGACCGCAUGAAGAAGAACCGGAGGUCAUAGUGGACCACAAGAGCCGAGGAGAAGCCAGGGGAUGAAACGGUGAACAGCGGUCAGACUGACAGGAACAUCAUGAUAUGACUGAUAUAUAGAAGUAUAGUCCAUGCUGGGAAGGGGAUGGACUAGUGUCGGCUACUGGUUCAUUUAACUCAGCAGAACCUGAGGAGGACUCUGAAUAAUACUGGUAUGGUUCAGUAAUCAAGUAAAUUAAAUGAAAAUAAACUUAUUUUAGUCUCUGUCAAAA